AUUACUAUUGGCUGUUUCACUUUUUAACUGCGUUCAGUACUCUCGCGCAGCGCAACCGAACAGCAGCGCGCGACCCUCUCAUUACAGGACUUCGAAAACCAAGACGACAAAGAAACCGAGUUAGUGCAGCACCAACCGUAGUACUUUUUAAAGUCUUAACAGGUGGAUAUAACUGUUACUGAUACAUAAGAAUUUGUCCGCGUGCCAUGAAGAACCUUCUCCCCAAGCUGUGGAUCUUCAUCGUGCUAGUUUUCUUCUUCCCUUCGCUCAAGGCUUCCGAGUAUGAGUACAUUAACUGGAAACCGGACAUGGGGGUGAACAGUUACGGCAAAAGUCGGCAAUGCAUGAACAUUCCCGAGGACCUGAGGUUGUGUUUUAAUGUGGGCUACCAGCAAAUGUUGCUUCCCAAUUUGCUGGAACAUGAAACCAUAGCGGAGGUGAAGCAGCAAGCGGGCAGCUGGGUUCCUCUGGUGCACAAAGCCUGUCACCCCGUCACGCAAGUGUUCCUCUGCUCGCUCUUCGCCCCCGUGUGCCUUGAGACACCCAUCUAUCCGUGCCGCUGGUUGUGCGAGGAUGUGCGGGACAGUUGUACCCCUAUUAUGGAGGCGUAUGGGUUCCCUUGGCCUGAAAUGCUCACCUGUGACAAGUUUCCCCAGGACGAUCUGUGCAUUUCCAUGAACAACACCAACAGCAAUGAAACGACCAAACCCGCAGGUUUCUCUCCUGUGUGUCCACCAUGUGACAAUGAGAUGGAUACGGAUGUUAUUCUGGAACACAUGUGUGCCAGUGAAUUUGCAAUCAAGACAAAGAUUAAGGAGGUCAAAAAAGAGAACUUGGACCGAAAAGUCAUUCUGCAGAAAAGGAGGAAGCCAGUGAAGCUUGGAACUCUGAAAAAGCAGGACCUUAAGAAGCUUGUUCUCUUCCUGAAAAAUGGAGCAGACUGUCCUUGCCAACAGCUGGAGAACACAGGGAGCAACUACUUAAUUAUGGGUCGCUGGGUGGGGAAACAGUAUAUUUUGACUGGCAUUCACAAGUGGGACAAAUCUAGCAAAGAAUUUAGGAAGGCCCUUAAGAAAAUCAAAAGCCAUAAAUGUCCAGCGUUUGAGUCAGUGUUGUGAGGUUAAUGAUUCACCAAUUUGGAUUUGAUUAUUACUGAAUUGUAAACUCAAUAUAGCAUUGCAUUAUAUUUUGUUUUACAGUACAUACUGUGAAACAGUUCAUAACUCCUUUUACUUCCAUAAUCAGACAAAAACAUUAUACUCAACUAGGAAAAAUCUAGGGUGGGAUUUUUUCCAACAGGAAUUGAUUGGAUCAUGAAAAGUGGCCCAGAAUAGCCAGGUGGUUGGAGAGGAGGGGUUGAAAAGUUAGAGGUAUCCUAACGUCAGCCAAAAAAAGAGAGGUUGUUUCAGAGGAUUUUGAUAAAAGUAACACAUAUGAAUCAUUUACAAUAAGGCCAGGAACAUGCAUUAAGAAAGUAAAUAAUGUAUUGUUGACAUUAAGACAAGAACUAUGGUAGUUAAACUCCAAUACUGAGAUUAAACCAACAAAACAAAAAUCUAGUUAGUCUUGAAAGAGUUAUUGGCCCAAAAAAUGUAUGAAUACAUUCUGUAUUAGACAAAAAGGGUCGCUUUAGUUCAAAUUUCCUAUAGUUACUUUUUCUAAACAUUUCUAU